UUUUAAAAUGAGUUAAAUAAAAGAAAAAAAUUUUUUGAAGUGGUUUGUGAAAAUUUACAAAAGAGAAAUGUGAUUUCUUUUAACAACGAUUUCAAAACCCUUAAGAAGUUUUAAUAAAAUUUUAAAAAUUUGAUAAUAAUAUUAAUUUAAUGUUUUUAACUCUAACCUGAAGAAGGAAAAAAGAAAAUCAAUAAUUGGGAUUAACUACGGCCUGUUCUCGUUUCGGUGAAGAAAAAGAAGGAUUACCAUUAACUACAGCUUUAUUUAGAUAAGGAAAACUAAUUGUUCUCGGCCCACAGUUUGUGCAGAGGAAUUUACAAUGAUUUGGAAGAAGCAUUAAAAAACGAAUUCUUCACUUACUCCCUCCUCACUCAGAAUAUUGCGUUAACUAAAAUUUCUAACGAAUACAAGUGUUGAGUUUCGUUGACGGAGACGUGCCAUCAUUAUGGCACAUAGGCGAGCGCGUAAUAAGUGUUCGAAAAACUCUAGAUUGAAAUACGUGGACAGUGAAAUUAUGUCCGCCUUUCAUUUAAAAAGUUUACAAAAUAUUAAGCGCGCAUUUACGUCAUUACAGCGACAAAUAUCGGUCGCUUUAAUGGUUGCAUUUUUAUUAAUUAAUAAUCAAUUUGCAAGUACUUGUUCACAUGAGAUCUCAACCACAGCAGGAACAACAGCAACAAAAUCGUCGGAUAUCGAAAGUCUGUCAACAGUCAGUGCUGAACACAAAUUGGAUGACAAUGGCAUGGGUCAUAGCCAUAAUAAUAAUGACUUGUCCUUAGUAUUACCUCAUGAUACUUAUCCUGGUUUUAGUGUUAAGCGUUUUAGAACUAAGGCGAUGCAUUUCGAUUUCAACAACAACAACAACAGCAACAAUAUCAAUAGUUCCAAUAAACAUUUUAUGUUAAGCCAUACAAUGAAUCGUCAAGGCUCAUAUCAUAUGCUGGAUAGUGAAUAUGCGAAAUAUUUUACGGUAUUGGAUGAUGGCGUGGUAAUGACUACUUCCGAUAUUUCACCUCUAGUCAAUCGUCCGGUGAAUUUGGUGGUAGUAGAAGAGACACCGAAUACAACGCAAACCCAUACUCUACAACUGUAUGUUAUGCAUCGCAAUGAUAUGUUACGAUUUCCAGGUUCAAUGUUGGAUGCUUCAGGAGAGAUAAAAGAAAAUAAGCCACCUGGUACAAGAGUUCGUGGCGUGCCUUUAAUGCAAGCGUUCAGUAAUGGUGAAUUAAAAGAGAACAAACAAGUACGUUAUUCUAUUAUAGGCGGUAACGCAGAAGCAGCCUUUGCUUUGCAAUCAAAGCAAAGGAAUAAGGCUGAAGAACGUUCCUCAUCGUUAAUAAUAGAAGACGAUGACGAAAAUGGUGUUUGGUUGGUAACAAACCGACCAUUGGAUCGUGAGCACAUCGCCCACUACGACUUGUCCGUUCAAGCGUCCGAUUUGGAAGAUGUCGACAAAACUGUUUCAAAAAUCCAAGUGACAAUAUUAGACGAAAAUGAUAAUCGUCCCAUUUUCAAAGCACACGACUAUAAAUUCGCGUUGGCUGGUCAGAAAUCUGCAGAUUUAAAUAACAAUUUUACUGUUAGUUGGAAGCGUUUCACUAUUCUCGGGAAAGUAGAAGCUACUGAUGCCGACGGUGAUAAAAUAGCCUAUCGUCUUAAACAACCAAGCAAUACGGUUAUCAUGGUACCACAGACUGGAGAAAUCAUGUUGGUUGAUCAGCCUCAGACUACGGAACUUUUAGUGGAAGUAGAAGCUCAUGACUUACGUUAUCCCAGUUUAGUUUGCUUACAACCCGCAAAAGUUUUACUCGAAUUCUUAGCUCCCGAACCGGUGUCUUUUAUUAUGCAACAUAUCGAUCAUGAUUCCGUAAACGAUCACAGUCAUCAUCGUGAAAAACGACGUGUUACGCGAGCUGUAAGGCCGACUAAGCGAAUAGAAUUCACGGAAGCCGAUGGUGAUACCGAAGGUAAAUCGGUUUUCCAGCUUGAAAAGGAAACCGAUAAAGAAACAUUUAAGAUACGUGAUGAAAAUCCUUGGGUCACAGUGGAAACUAAUGGAGCAGUACGAGUUAAGAAAAAAUGGGACUACGAAGAAUUAGGUCCAGAGAAAACCAUCGAUUUUUGGGUUAUCAUCACCAACACGGGACAUAACGCUGGACUUAAAUACACCGACAACCAGCGCGUCAUCAUUCACGUCAAGGACGUUAACGAUGAGCCGCCCUAUUUUAUUAAUCGUCCAUUACCCAUGCAGGCGGUGGUUCAACUCAAUGCCCCACCUAAUACGCCAGUAUUUACUUUACAAGCCCGUGAUCCAGACACGGACCAUAAUAUUCACUAUUUCAUUGUACGCGAUCGUACCGGUGGGCGUUUCGAAGUUGACGAACGUUCAGGGGUGGUGCGUACUCGCGGCACAGAUCUUUUUCAAUUGGAUAUGGAAUAUGUAUUAUAUGUUAAAGCUGAAGAUCAAAAUGGUAAGGUAGACGAUCGCCGUUUUCAAAGUACACCCGAAGAACGCUUAAGCAUAGUGGGCGGCAAACGAGCACCACAAUUUUAUAUGCCGAGCUAUGAAGCCGAGAUACCAGAAAAUCAGAAAAAGGACUCGGACAUUAUUUCGGUGAAAGCCAAAUCAUUUGCAGACCGUGAAAUUCGCUACACAUUGAAGGCUCAAGGCCAAGGAGCGGGUACCUUUAACAUAGGUCCCUCGUCGGGUAUUGUUAAGUUGGCCAAAGAAUUAGAUUUUGAGGAUUUACGGCAACCGCACGUUUACUCCUUAAUUGUAACAGCCACAGAGGAUUCCGGCGGCUUCUCUACCUCGGUUGAGCUUACCAUACGUGUUACAGAUGUCAAUGAUAAUGCGCCCAAGUUUGAAUUACCCGACUAUCAGGCGCAUAAUGUAGAUGAAGAUAUACCUUUAGGUACAAGUAUACUGAGAGUAAAGGCUAUGGAUUCUGAUUCAGGCGCAAAUGCAGAAAUUGAAUAUCUUGUGUCUGAUGAUCAUUUCGCUGUCGAUUCGAAUGGCAUUAUCGUUAACAAUAAGCAGUUGGAUGCUGAUAACAAUAAUGCUUAUUAUGAAUUUAUUGUUACGGCCAAAGAUAAAGGAGAACCUUCCAAGUCGGGCACAGCGACGGUACGCGUUUACACAAAAAACAAAAACGACGAAGAACCGAAAUUUUCACAACAAGUGUACACACCUAACGUCGACGAAAAUGCUGGUCCAAACACUUUAGUAACGACCGUCGUGGCUUCAGACAAAGAUGGCGAUAAUGUGCGUUUUGGUUUUGUGGGUGGCGGCACGUCAUCCGGUCAGUUUGUCAUCGAAGACAUUACAGGUGUAAUACGUUUGCAUAAUAAAGCGAUUUCAUUAGAUCGCGAUAAAUAUGAACUGAAUGUUACGGCCAUGGAUGAUGGGUCGUGUUGCGUUAACGGUGACCAAACAAUACAUACAUCCACUGCUGUUGUUGUUGUUUUCAUAACUGACGUUAACGAUAAUAAGCCGGUAUUCAAAGACUGCGGCACUUAUUAUCCAAAAGUGGAAGAAGGUGCUCCUAACGGUAGUCCAGUUAUAAAAGUUGUCGCCACCGAUGAGGAUAAAGGCGUUAAUGGCCAAGUUAAAUAUUCGAUUGUUCAACAACCGAACCAAAAAGGUACAAAAUUUACUGUGGACGAAGAAACCGGUGAGGUUUCGACCAAUAAAGUAUUCGAUCGUGAAGGAGAUGACGGCAAAUUCGUAUCAGUUACGGUAAAAGCUACUGAUCAAGGUGAACCCAGUUUAGAGGGCGUGUGUUCGUUUACGGUUGAAAUAACCGAUGUCAACGACAACCCUCCACUGUUUGAUCGUCAGAAAUAUGUGGAAAAUGUGAAGCAGGAUGCUAGUAUCGGUACAAAUAUAUUACGUGUUUCAGCGUCCGAUGAAGAUGCCGACAAUAAUGGUGCCAUUGUUUACAGUCUUAGUGCACCAUUUAAUCCUAAUGAUUUGGAAUAUUUCGAUAUACAAGCCGAGUCCGGUUGGAUUGUUUUGAAAAAACCGCUUGACGGUUGCUAUCCUCGUGACCGUUAUCGUUUACGUGUUCGAGCCUCUGACAGAGGUGAACCGCCAUCAUACGCAGACGUUGAUGUUGAAUUAGAUGUCGUCGAUCGCAAUAAUAAGCCACCCAUAUGGGAUAAGAGUAUUUAUGGCCCAAUUCAUAUACGUGAAAAUGUCACUGUGGGUACGGUUGUAACAUCGGUUAAGGCAAGUUCGGGCAUUGAAGGUAAUCCGACAGUAUUCUAUCGUCUAAUGCCUGGGUCAACGGCGCAAACGAACAAGUUCCAUACGUUUUAUUUGCAACAAAGACCGGACAAUGGCGACACUUGGGCCGAUAUAAAAGUCAAUCAUCCGCUAGACUAUGAAAGUAUAAAGGAAUACAACCUAACCAUACGCGUGGAGAACAACGGUGCCCAGCAACUGGCUUCGGAAGCAACGGUUUACAUUAUGCUAGAAGAUGUUAAUGACGAGAUACCUUUAUUUACUGAACGUGAACAGGAAACGGUUUUGGAAGGCGAACCUAUUGGCACCAAAGUAACUCAAGUGAAUGCCAUUGAUAAAGAUGGCACAUUUCCAAAUAAUCAGGUUUAUUACUACAUUGUAGACUCACCACGUAAUGAAGGCAAAGAAUUUUUCGAAAUUAAUUUACAAAGCGGCGAAAUAUUCACCAAAACCGUUUUCGAUAGAGAGAAAAAAGGAGCAUAUGCCUUGGAAGUGGAGGCCCGAGACGGUGCCCCUUCAGCACGUCCCAAUAGCAACGGCCAACCAAAUUCAGUGACGAAAUUUAUACGCAUUGGAAUUGCCGAUAAAAACGAUAAUCCACCCUAUUUCGAUAAGAGUUUAUAUGAAGCCGAGGUUGAUGAAAAUGAGGACAUACAGCAUACUGUGCUGACAGUAACAGCUAAAGAUCAUGAUGAAUCAUCACGUAUACGUUACGAAAUUACUAGCGGUAAUAUCGGCGGUGCUUUUGCUGUUAAAAACAUGACAGGUGCCAUUUAUGUGGCCGGGGCUUUAGAUUACGAAACACGACGGAGGUAUGAGCUACGUUUAGCUGCUUCGGAUAAUUUAAAGGAAAAUUAUACCACCGUUAUAAUACAUGUUAAAGAUGUUAACGAUAACCCGCCAGUCUUUGAAAGACCCACCUACCGUACACAAAUAACGGAAGAAGAUGAUCGCAAUUUACCUAAACGUGUUCUGCAGGUUACCGCCACCGAUGGUGAUAAGGAUCGUCCGCAAAAUAUUGUUUAUUUUUUAACUGGGCAAGGAAUUGAUCCCGAUAAUCCAGCCAAUAGUAAAUUUGAUAUAAAUCGUACUACGGGAGAAAUUUUUGUUCUAAAGCCUUUAGAUCGUGAUCAACCAAACGGACGUCCACAGUGGCGUUUUACUGUUUUUGCGCAAGAUGAAGGCGGCGAGGGCUUAGUCGGCUAUGCCGAUGUACAGGUUAAUCUUAAGGAUAUCAAUGAUAAUGCCCCCAUAUUUCCGCAGGGUGUUUACUUUGGUAACGUUACCGAAAAUGGUACAGCAGGCAUGGUCGUUAUGACUAUGACCGCUGUAGACUAUGACGAUCCUAACGAAGGCUCUAACGCCAAGUUGGUGUACUCGAUAGAGAAGAAUGUUAUUGAAGAAGAAACCGGUUCGCCAAUAUUUGAAAUAGAGCCUGACACGGGUGUUAUCAAAACGGCAGUCUGUUGUCUGGAUCGUGAACGAACCCCAGACUAUUCUAUACAAGUGGUGGCGAUGGAUGGUGGGGGGUUAAAAGGGACAGGGACGGCUUCUAUACGCGUUAAAGACAUAAACGAUAUGCCGCCGCAAUUUACCAAAGAUGAAUGGUUUACCGAAGUGGAUGAAACGGAUGGCACCGCUCUUCCUGAAAUGCCUAUAUUAACUGUAACCGUACACGAUGAAGACGAAACAAAUAAAUUUCAGUACAAAGUUAUCGACAAUAGCGGCUAUGGUGCUGCUUGGGUAGUCGUUAAACUCAGGGAUAUUAAUGAUAAUAAGCCACAUUUCGAACGAGCAAAUGUUGAAGUUUCCGUGUUCGAAGACACUAAAGUGGGUACUGAAUUAGAAAAGUUCAAAGCCACGGAUCCUGAUCAGGGUGGCCGAUCAAAAGUUUCAUAUUCAAUAGAUCGUUCUUCGGAUAGGCAACGACAGUUCGCUAUUAAUCAAAACGGCUCGGUAACGAUACAACGAUCUUUGGAUCGCGAAGUAGUGCCAAGACAUCAAGUUAAAAUCCUGGCUAUAGAUGAUGGUUCUCCGCCAAAAACGGCUACAGCUACUCUAACAGUUAUUGUGCAGGAUAUCAACGAUAAUGCUCCGAAGUUUUUGAAAGAUUAUCGACCAGUAUUGCCAGAACAUGUGCCGCCUCGGAAAGUAGUAGAAAUCUUAGCUACUGAUGAUGACGAUCGUUCGAAAAGUAACGGACCCCCGUUUCAAUUUCGCCUGGAUCCCAGCGCCGAUGACAUAAUACGCGCUUCGUUUAAGGUGGAACAGGACCAAAAGGGUGCAAACGGGGAUGGCAUGGCUGUAAUUUCAUCGCUUCGCUCGUUUGACAGAGAACAGCAGAAAGAAUAUAUGAUUCCUAUAGUAAUUAAGGAUCAUGGGUCACCUGCUAUGACUGGCACGAGUACAUUAACCGUAAUUAUUGGUGAUGUCAAUGAUAAUAAGAUGCAGCCGGGCUCCAAAGACAUUUUCGCUUACAAUUAUCAAGGCCAAUCACCGGACACACAAAUCGGUAGGGUUUAUGUCUACGAUUUAGAUGACUGGGAUCUGCCUGAUAAAAAAUUCUAUUGGGAAUCUCAGGAACACCCCCGUUUCAAACUCGAUGAAGAUUCUGGUAUGAUCACUAUGCGUGCUGGUACCCGAGAGGGACGCUAUCACUUACGUUUUAAAGUCUACGAUCGAAAACACACACAAACUGAUGUGCCAGCUAAUGUUACCGUAACAGUAAGAGAAAUACCUCACGAGGCUGUGAUAAAUUCGGGUUCGGUACGUUUGUCAGGUAUUACCGAUGAAGAUUUCAUACGUGUCUGGAAUUAUCGUACGCAGUCGCUGAGCCGUUCCAAAAUGGAUCGCUUUCGUGAUAAAUUAGCCGAUCUCUUAAAUACAGACCGUGAAAAUGUUGACAUAUUCAGCGUUCAACUAAAACGGCGGCAUCCCCCUUUAACUGAUGUACGUUUUUCGGCUCAUGGCUCUCCCUAUUACAAGCCGGUUCGUUUGAAUGGCAUAGUGUUGAUGAAUCGUGAGGAAAUUGAAAAGGAUGUAGGCAUUAACAUAACCAUGGUAGGAAUUGACGAAUGCUUAUAUGAGAAUCAAAUGUGUGAAGGUUCUUGUACGAACACUUUGGACAUAAGUUCUUUGCCAUACAUGGUGAAUGCGAACAAAACUGCUUUGGUGGGAGUUAGAGUGGAUACUUUAGCCGAAUGCACUUGUGGCUCAAGAAACUUCUCCAAACCGGAAUCCUGCCGCAACACACCAUGUUAUAAUGGUGGUCGUUGCAUGGAUACGAGGUUUGGUCCCCAUUGCUCUUGUCCAGUAGGCUACACGGGACCUAGGUGCCAGCAAACCACCCGCAGUUUUCGCGGCAACGGAUGGGCCUGGUAUCCACCUUUAGAAAUGUGCGACAAUUCGCAUUUAAGUUUGGAGUUCAUCACCCGCAAACCGGAUGGUCUGAUAAUUUAUAAUGGACCUAUCGUACCACCAGAGCGUGAUGAAAUGCUGAUAGCUGAUUUCGUAUCUUUGGAGUUAGAACGCGGUUACCCAAGGCUUUUAAUAGACUUCGGCUCGGGUACUUUGGAACUGCGUGUAAAGACUAAAAAAACUUUGGAUGACGGAGAGUGGCAUCGAAUUGAUUUGUUUUGGGAUACAGAGAACGUCCGCAUGGUUGUAGAUUUUUGUCGUUCGGCAGAAAUAAGCGAAAUGGAAGAUGGCACUCCGCCUGAAUUUGAUGAUAUGUCCUGCCAGGCGCGAGGGCAAAUACCCCCUUUUAAUGAAUAUCUGAACGUUAAUGCUCCUUUACAAGUGGGUGGGCUAUAUAGAGAACAAUUCGAUCCUUCCCUCUAUUUUUGGCAUUACACUCCCAUGGCUAAGGGUUUUGAUGGCUGUAUACGUAACUUAGUGCAUAAUUCAAAACUGUACGAUUUAGCUCAUCCUGGCUUAUCCCGUAAUAGCGGAGCCGGUUGUCCGCAGACGGAAGAGGUUUGCGCUCAAGCCGAACAAACCGCUCGUUGCUGGGAGCAUGGCAACUGUGUAGGUUCUUUGUCCGAGGCGCGAUGUCAAUGCCGACCUGGCUGGACCGGGCCGGCUUGUAAUAUACCCACUAUACCUACCACAUUCAAACAGCAGAGCUACGUUAAAUAUGCUUUGAGUUUUGAACCGGAUCGGUUUAGUACGCAAAUACAAUUGCGUUUUCGUACUCGCGAACAGCACGGCGAGUUGUUCCGCGUUAGUGACCAGCAUAAUCGGGAGUAUGGUAUAUUAGAAAUAAAAGAUGCUCGCUUGCAUUUUCGUUAUAACUUAAAUUCGCUGCGUACUGAAGAGAAGGAUUUAUGGCUUCAUGCGGUUGCCGUAGAUGAUGGUCAGUGGCACGUGGUACGUAUUAAUCGUUAUGGCUCAGCUGCCACACUAGAACUUGACGGUGGCGAGGGUCGGCGCUAUAACGAAACCUUUGAAUUUGUUGGUCAUCAGUGGCUAUUGGUGGAUAAACAAGAAGGUGUUUACGCAGGUGGCAAAGCCGAGUAUACGGGAGUUCGUACGUUUGAAGUGUACGCUGACUAUCAAAAAAGCUGCCUCGAUGAUAUAAGACUCGAAGGUAAACAUUUACCAUUACCUCCUGCCAUGAAUGGUACACAAUGGGGUCAAGCAACGAUGGCUCGAAAUUUGGAAAAGAAUUGCCCGUCAAAUAAACCCUGCUCAAAUGUUAUUUGCCCGGAUCCAUUCGAGUGUGUUGACUUAUGGAACGAAUACGAAUGCACGUGCCCUGCUGGUUACAAAAUCUCUGGCAGUACAUGUGUCAAUGACAACGAAUGCUUGCAAUUUCCUUGUCGCAAUGGCGGUCGUUGUCGUGAUUACAAUCCACCCAAAAAAUACGAAUGCCAUUGUCCGAUGGGUUUUACGGGUAUGCAUUGCGAAUUGGAAUUAUUAGCGUCGGGUAUAUUGACACCAUCACGCGAUUUUAUUAUUGCUUUAUUACUAUGCACCACCACCAUGAUACUUUUGGUGCUAGUCUUUGUGGUAUAUAAUCGACGUCGUGAGGCGCAUAUUAAAUAUCCCGGACCAGAUGAUGACGUGCGCGAAAAUAUUAUCAACUACGAUGACGAGGGUGGCGGUGAGGACGAUAUGACGGCAUUCGAUAUAACGCCAUUACAAAUACCCAUCGGUGGCCCAAUGCCACCCGAAUUGGCAACCAUGAAAAUGCCAAUAAUGUACCCUGUUAUGACUUUAAUGCCCGGCCAAGAGCCAAACGUUGGCAUGUUUAUUGAAGAGCAUAAAAAGCGGGCAGACGGUGAUCCAAAUGCCCCGCCAUUCGAUGAUUUACGAAACUAUGCAUAUGAGGGUGGCGGUAGCACAGCUGGCUCUUUAAGUUCAUUAGCUUCAGGUACUGAUGACGAAGCUCAAGAAUAUGAUUACCUGGGUUCGUGGGGCCCACGUUUCGAUAAAUUGGCCAAUAUGUACGGACCGGAAACGAAUAAUCACACCGAUUUAGAUUUGUAAGUGAUGCAUACACAUCCUCAUGCCAGCAUACAGACACACUCAAUGAAAAAUCUAAAACAUAUACCAACAAAAACCAUAAUUAAACAUCCCACAGGUAAAUGUGUAUACAAACAGCCAGAUACUAAUAAAGAACAUGAAAUUUCUAAAUGAAAACCAGAAAAUUGUUAAGCAAAUUAGAAAAAAGUUUUAGAAAUGAGAGAAAACCGAUUAGUUCCCAUAUACAAAGAGUUUACAACCAACCAACCAACCAACCAAAGAAAACAAACAGCCACAACAACAUCAACAACAACAAUAUUAAUUAAGUUUUUCUCUAAAUUUAAGCAAGAAUGAAAUUAAUAGAAAAACUUAUUUGAGGCCGAGUAAUAAUGAGUGAAAUGCACAUGACAUGAAAGAUGAUAGAUGAAAGAAAGUCAAUACGAGAGCGCAAUCACACAUACACGCACUCAUAUAUACAUAUAAUUCGUAAAAAGAAGAAGAGCAAUAAUAGGCAGAAAUUUUAAUGUGAACAAAUACACACACGCAUACAUAUAUAUACAUACACACAACAUUUGUAAAGUACUAUAUAUAAACAUUCAUUUAUUCAUUCAUUCAUUCAUUCAUUCAUUCAUUCAUUCAUUCAUUGUUUCAUUCAUACUAUAUACAUACACGAAGAAAACUCACAUUCAUAUAAGCAUACAAACAUUAGCAUUUAGUCAAGCGAACAAAUGAGAGAAAAGAAUGAGGAGAUUUAAAAACACAACAACAACAAAACAAAAUAAUUAGAAAUUAAUAAAAAUUAAGGAGCAGAAAAAAGAAACAGACAAAAAAGGAAACCAAAGUUCAUACUUUUUAAGCUAAGAAAGCAAAAUUAAUUUAAGAAACAUACACGAGACGUAUAAGAGAAAGCAAAAAAGAAAACAAUUUUGUAUAU